UAAUUCACCUUACUAGAAGGAAGUAAACGACAACAGCUACGCAAACCGGACCUGAGCACAGAGCGACGCAGGAGUGUUUAGUUGGAAAGGUGUGGCUUUUCCAGUAUGUGUUGUACAUGGGUUUUAAAUUAAUUGCUUAAUUGGUUAAGAGUGAGUAAUUUAUUACACAAAAUAAUCAGAGAGACGGUAUGCUUCAGGGCGAAAACGAAACUAGGACUGAUGCCGUAGAAAUGGUUUCUCUUCGUGCCGUUGUACAGUAACGCUAGGCUCCAGGAGGAAGGAAAUCAGGUUUUGAACUGACAGCUCAAAAUCCCAGAGCUAUUAACAGUAAAUUCGAGAUACUAUGGCGGACGAUGUUGGAGAAGAAGCUGUGGCGUCCAGUCACGGUAACGGAGCUCAGGUGUUAACGAGUUUUGGUCACUUUUUACCGGCCUCCCCUCCCCCUGCGGUGGCUGCAGAGACCGGCCUGGCCGCAGCGUCCCCCGGCGUAGCGCACCACAUCACCUCGGACAUGGAAAGCCAGGAGAGCGGCGUCGUGAACUCGACAGGCUCGGUGCUAACCGCUGUGCCGCCAUCUCUGCCCUCGAGCAUCGGCCUGGGGCUAACCGGAGCCCCGGCGAAUCUGGCUGGAGCGGGUCUUCUGUCUCAUAUUCACGCCACGUCCUGGGACCCCACACUGAGCACCGACUGGGACAACGAGAAAGCUUCGCAGCAGUGCAUCCUGCGGAUAAAGAGAGACAUUAUGUCCAUCUAUAAGGAACCUCCGCCUGGCAUGUUUGUGGUUCCUGAUCCUCAUGAUAUGACUAAGAUCCAUGCACUAAUCACAGGUCCCUUUGACACACCAUAUGAGGGUGGCUUCUUCCUCUUCCUGUUCCGUUGCCCCCCUGACUACCCCAUCCACCCCCCACGUGUCAAACUGAUCACCACUGGGCACAACACGGUGCGUUUCAACCCCAACUUCUACCGCAAUGGCAAAGUUUGCCUGAGCAUUCUCGGCACAUGGACUGGGCCAGCAUGGAGCCCUGCUCAGAGUAUCUCCUCAGUCCUCAUCUCUAUCCAGUCCCUGAUGACCGAGAACCCUUACCACAAUGAGCCAGGCUUUGAGCAGGAAAGGCACCCAGGAGAUAGCAAGAACUACAAUGAGUGCAUCCGCCAUGAGACGAUGCGUGUGGCUGUCUGUGAUAUGUUGGAAGGGAAGAUGCCAUGUCCAGAAGCCUUGUGGAGUGUGAUGGAAAAGUCUUUCAUGGAGUACUAUGACUUCUAUGAAGGUGUUUGCAAAGAACGUCUACACCUACAAGGGCAAAACAUGCAGGAUCCUUUUGGAGAAAAGAGAGGCCGUUUUGACUAUCAGGGUCUGUUGGCGCGUCUCGGUGCCACACAGAGGAGAUUGCGGGAAAAAUGUCCUCCUGAGGACAAUGUCGGAGACUCAGAUUCUGACACCAGCUCAUCUGGAACAGACCCAGACAGCCAAGGCAGCUCCCAGCCAUAGAGUGCCCCCUACGGGCACAGCGAGAGUAUGAGAAAGCAAUUGGACGCUUUUUAACAAGCAAACACACAGACCAUUGAGAAGUUUUGGAGUCAACUGAUUAGCACAGGAUUAGUCUAUUUCCUGUUUAUUUUGAUUGGUUUGUUUUUCCUCUCCUUCUCUGCAAGCCAGUGGCUGCCUCUUUUCUUUGCUUGAGGGAGAGAUGUCAAGUGAAUUGUGGGGACGGGACUAGAAGAUUAAUGCAGGCAUGUGUGAUGCGAAAUGUGGCAGCAGUUCAGCACACACUCCACUUAUUGGAGCACAUAUUUACUUGCCCCCCUUAUACAUAACUUCAUCUGGUGGUCAUGCACACACUGCAGGUAAAAUAUGAGAAUAUUGCCACCACAAUCCUGAGCAGGCCACCAUAAAUUUUUGUGCUCUGGUACCACUCCAGCAAUCCGCUUCCUGGUCUUAUUUCUGUUCACUUAAAUGUCUUCACAUUCAUAAUCUUAGCAUUUAUUCACUGAAUCAUUAAAUAUUUUGAAUAUCAUGAAUAGAGUCAUAAUUUUGACAUGAAUUCAUAAUGAAUUACUUUACCUGAUCUAAAUUUAAAAAAAAAAAAAGGCUGAUGCAACUAUAAAGCAAAUGUAAAUACUUAAAUAUUGUGCAUAGAAGAAUCUUUAUUUUACUGUUAAUUGUGCAUUAAACGCUAUUGGAGAGA